AGGACUCAGAAGUCCCAGAACCCAGAUGGGGGCAUGGUGCGAGCACACGCUGCUCCUACUGCUGGCAGUUGCCCUGGCCCCGACCCAGACCCAGACCCGCGCGGGCUCACACUCGAUGCGGUGUUUCCUCACCACCACGUCCCGGCCCAGCCUCGAGGAGCCCUGGUUCAUUAUGGUUGGCUACGUGGACGACACACAGUUCGGGUGCUUUGACAGCGAUGCGGAGAAUCCGAGAUAUGAACCUCGCGCACCAUGGGUGGAGCAGGAGGGGCCUGAGUAUUGGGAGCGGAAGACGCAGAUCGCCAAAAACUCGGAACAGAUUUUCCGAGUGAGACUGAGGACCCUGCUCGGCUACUACAACCAGAGCGAGGGGGGCUCUCACACCUACCAGGGGAUGUUUGGAUGUGACGUGGGGUCCGACGGGAGCCUCCUCCGCGGGUACACGCAAUAUGCCUACGAUGGCCAUGAUUACAUCGCCCUGAACGAAGACCUGAAAACGUGGACAGUGACAGACAUGGCGGCGCAGAUUACCCGGCGCAAGUGGGAGCAGAGUGGUGAAGCAGAGAAACAAAGGGCCUAUGUGGAGGGCGAGUGCGUGGAGUGGCUCCGCAGACUCCUGGAGCUCGGGAAGGAGACGCUGCUACGCACAGAACCACCAAAAGCACAUGUAGCCCAUCACCCCAUAUCAGAAGGUGAUGUCACCCUGAGGUGCUGGGCCCUGGGCUUCUACCCUGCUGACAUCACCCUGACCUGGCAGCUGAAUGGGGAGGACCUGACUCAGGACAUGGAGCUUGUGGAGACAAGGCCUAUAGGGGAUGGAAACUUCCAGAAAUGGGCAUCUGUGGUGGUGCCUCUUGGGAAGGAGCAGAAUUACACAUGCCAUGUGCAACAUGAGGGGCUGUCUCAGCCCCUCACCCUGAGAUGGGAGCCUCCUCCAUCCACUGACUCUAACAUGGCAAUCAUUGCUGUUCUGGUUGUCCUUGGAGCUGUGGCCAUCAUUGGAGCUAUGGUGGCUUUUGUGAUGAAGAGGAGGAGAAACACAGCAUGAAGACAGCAGCCUGGAGUGGACUGAGUAACAGAAGAUGUGUUCAGUUUCUCCUGUGAUGUCCAGAGCUCUCAGAUUUAUUAAGACAACAGUGUCUGAUGUUCUUUGUCAGCCUGUGGACUCAAUGUGAAGAACCAUGAGGCCCAGUCUGCCCUUGCACACCAGAGCCCUGUCGCUGUACUGCUUGUGUUCCCUUCCACAGCCAGUCUUCCUGGUCUAGGGGGCAUCUGCAUCCUGUCAGCUCCAUGCUGCCCUGAGCUGCAGCAACUCACUUCCACUUUGAGAAUAAGCAUCUGAAUGUGAACUUGAUGGUUAACAUCCUUGACUUGAGGGUUGAUUGCAGGUAAAUAAGGGAUUUAGAAUACUUAGAAUUUGUGGACGAAUUAAAUGGCAGAUGGAGAACCUUCCAGAAUCUCUGUCAAUCUGUGCUGUGUGUAUCUGGUGAGACUGGAUAAGGCUGUGGGAACUGAGUGUAAAUGAGGAUGUGCCCAGAUGAGAUCCUUGUUAUCUAAGACAAGGUCACACUCAGCUCUGUCUCCUCCGGGCUCUGUUCUCUUCAUCACUGUGAAGCACAUGCUGAGAGUCUGUGAUCACAGGGACACUGCAUGGCCAGAGCCUUGUCCUGUCCACAAGAUUAUGAGCAGCCCAGGCUGCUGUCUUGAUUGUAGCUCUUUACUUUGUCUUCUGUGUUUAUUUAUUGUGUUUUUAGUUUGUGUAGAGGAGUGGGCCUAUUCUUGUUCACGAAAUUGCUUCCUGUCUGGUUACCCUCAGAGAUGUCCAAGUGUGACAGCGGUAGGAGGUGUUUUUCCCAUUCUUGUACCCACCAGACACAACAAGGGGGGUUCUGGUCUCAGGACACUGUGCCUUCACCAAUGAAGUAAACUCUUCUGAGCUCCUGCCUCCUUCCAUGUGUCUCCGUGGAGUUCUCCCCGUCUUUCCCAUCUUUCCCCAGCUAACCCUGGAUUCCAUGAUUCACACAGAGAAGGGAUCCACAGGCUCUCAUCAAAGAUCUGGUCCUCUUGGACCUGUGCUGUGCCCAUGGCCCCUCUCCUUCCCUGGCUCUGAGGAUCCUGAUGCUGACUUUAGAGAAGAUUCCAGGGUUGAUAGAAUGAGUCUACUUUAGAUUUAUUUUUAUUUUAAAAGCUGGUCCAUGACUAGAUAGAUGGCCCAGAGCAAAGAAAAACUGUGCUGCCCUGUGUCUCUUAUCACAGGGUUUUGCCUUCCAUAGUUUUACUGACUUAGGUUAACUAUGAUCUGAUUAUAACAAGGCAAACGUGGUAAAAAUAUGCAACACAUUUGUUUUUGCAUGUUUUAUCUUUCCUUCCAUGGGAUGAAGACUCUGUUACACCUAGUAUGAGAUCUUUUCCUCCUCUGUCCAGUGUCCACAAGGUUCACAAUGCACAGGGCUGAUGUGCUCAGGGGCAGACUCGAGUGUCGCAUGCACAGAUUCACUGUCCUAAUGCCUCAGUCUCUCACUCCCUCAGCUCAGCUCACCUGUCAUCUCCCAUCAACACACGUGUGAGCACAGGGCAGUGGUGUUGGGGAGGAACUAAAUCAUGUCUAUUACAUUACCCUGUUCUCAGCAUUCUGCAUGCAACUGUUAUUCAUCUCUUACUGCAGUUGAUGUAGCAACCUUUCCAUAGGACUUUGUACACACUAACUCACAGAGUGCAGACAGGGUUUACUGCUGUGCAGGGUUCAGACACAGGCUCAGACUAGGAAUCUUUUUCCCAGCAGAGAAGGUGACAACUGUAUUUAAGGAGUGUGUGGUGGCUGCACACAUGUUUGUUCAUAGGUGCUCUCAAGAUUCAAAUAUGUUAAGCUGGAAGAGCAAGAAGGAUGACACUGCCCACCAAGGGCAGAUUGACCUGGAUUGUGUUAACACUAACUACUGGGAUAAACUGCCCCAUUUCUCUUCUGCCAGGUCCUGUGAAAACAGUGGACACCUUUGGGUUGACUGCUAUGUUCUACAUAGACAGGACUGCUGCUAAAGGGACAAACACGACCCAACAGUCAGUUCCAGAAUACAAACUGCUCAGGAUAUUCAAAUUCUUGAGUUAAUAUGAAACUGACAUGAACAUUGUAUAGAACUCUGAACUCAAAAAUACUGAAUCCUAAGACUGCCAAAUACAACCAAGCUCGACUUUAGGAAAGCUUGGCAGAAGUGGCUUCAUUAUUGAAAAGAGUUUUACUGUGUUACACUUAAAAUCUUUAUUUUUUAUACAGACAAAAAGAGGGAUAUAGGAAUAAUAGGAAACACGGGUAAAUUAUUCAAUCUGAUCUCAUCUACAGCUUUAAAGAGUGAUACAAAAUUAUUGUAUAUGUUUACAAAAGCAUAUUACUUAGUAGAGAUCUUUGUAUAUUGAUACAGAUUAACAUUAUAUUUGUUUACAUUGUGAUAUAUCUUUGUAUAUUGAUACGAAAUUAAGGUUAUAUUUGCUGACAUGGGUAUAGGUGUUUGCAUAGUGACAGAAAAUUAAGGAUACAGUUGGUUACAUUAGUAUAAAUCCUUGUAUAUUGGUACAAAAUUGAUGUUUAUUUGGUUACAUUUGUAUAGAUCUUUGGAUAUUGAUUCAAAUAAAGGUUACAGUUGGUUA